AUGGACAAACUACAGCCUAUCACACGGAACCUGCCCGGAUUCAUUCGGGAUCCGAUCGUCUCGGUCAUCGGUGAGGUCAGUGCAUCACGUGCUGUGUACGAGCUACUCUCUACGGGCUCGACUCCCCACCACUUGCCAAUUUCCAUCUCGAACCCGUGGUGCGAAUGGCUUGCCUUUCGGUGCGACCAUUCCACUGCUUCCAGGCACGAUGCAUGGUGUGCCUGAGACCUUUGCCACGUCUGCUUUCUAUGAUGUCCACCUCCCCCCGAACGUUCAGGUGGAGGGGAUUCAGAGGGACUCGUCUCGUGGAGCAAACAGCUGUGGUCGACCCGGACUGAAUGACGUCGAGCUAAUCACUACUUCGCGUGCCAAUACCUCCCUACCCCACAUGCGAUCCAAUUCGGCACAGGACUGCUUCACGACCCUGAUCUACAAUACGGAUCUGGGUGACCGCCGUUGCAUCCAGUACUCCAUCUCAAAGGCGCUCGGCUUCGCGAUCGUCCUCGGCGGCAGCAUCGUCAAAUUGCCUCAGAUCAUCAAGAUCAUUAACGCUCGCUCAGCGAGGGGCCUUUCCCUCGCGAGCUACUUGCUCGAUACAUCGUCGACCGCCAUCGUCGUCGUCAGUCCAUUCCCCGCUCGGAAUUUGCUGUCCAGACCUCGAACGCGCGCGCGUGUGUACUGACCUUUGAGGACCCCCUCUUAGGCCUACAACGUCCGCAAUUCGUUCCCUUGGUCAACGUACGGCGAAAACUUCUUCCUCUUGGCGCAAAACGUCGUCAUCAUGGGCCUGAUCGUGCUCUACUCGACCGAAGCGACCGCUCCUUUGCUCCUCCUUCUCUCGGCCCUCGGCCUCAUGCUUGCCUACGUUCUUUCGUCCCGUGACCUCCUCCCCUUAGCUCACCUCUCCCUCCUCCUCUCCGCUUCGAUCCCCUUGACGCUCUCGUCCAAGGUUCCCCAAAUCCUCGAGAUCCAGAAGAAUCGUUCGACGGGACAGCUCUCGGGCUUCUUGGUCGCUUCCCAAGUACUAGGCUGCCUCGCACGGGUCUUCACGACCUUGACCGAGACGGGCGAUCGGGUCCUCUGGUGGGGGUUUGUCCUGACGACUUUGAUGAACGCCAUGAUCGCCGUGCAAAUGUGGGUCUACUGGGACAACAGCAAGACCGACUCGGUCGACCUUGGCAAGGGAGCGCACAAGCAUAAGGUCUCGGGCGAGCUAAAACCCAAGGUCAACAGCUCGCCAAAACCCGCGCCGUUCGCUUCGAGCAGUGGCGACUCGAUGGAUGCGUCGCCCCGAAAAGCAUUCGGGUCAAGUCCGUCAAGUGUUCGAAAGUACGUUCGCAAGCUUGACUGA